AUGAAAAAGCCAAUAGCACAAAAAAUCAAUAUGUUUGCUCAAAAAAUUGGUAGAAAACUAACAAGAGGGUUUGAAACUAUUGAUUAAGUAUUAUCUCAACCAGUUGAUCAUAGAUGUAGAUUUUAUCAAUCUGAUUUGUAAAUAGAUAAAUUUGAAAGUUUUCACAUGAGAACUAGAGAUCCUUUCGAAAAGGGAUCUUAAGUAUAAUUUUGUUAUAUUCGAUUGUCAGAUAGAUAAAUGCUCUUGAAAUAUGGAAUGGUUUUGAAAUAUAAUAAAUAUGAUAGUAAAUUGUUGAGGGUUGAAUAUUUAAAGUUACUUCAAAAGAAGGAAUCUAUUUGGAUAGUUCAUAGAUUUACACUAAAAAAUUCAGUAAAUUGGUAAAUUAUAAUUUAUAUCCUUUCUAUAGGACUUUAUAUAUAAAUUGUAUUGAUACUCUUUAUAAAAUUAAAGAUUUAUAAUUAGAAAAAGCAUUAUCCUUGGCUCUACAAAUUCUAGUGGAAAAGAACUCAAAAUUCAAAGAGACAAUUGAAGUACUAGAGAAAUAAUUAUUUGACGAAAGUGCAGGAUAUCAUGAAUAUUAUGCAAUAGUUUAUAGAUUAGAAAGACUUAGAUUAUAUUGUCAUAAUAUUGAGUAAUUUAAUGUAUUAUUGAAGUUUAAUCGAUAGAAUUAUGAAAGGAGUACCUUUUGAUGAAGCUAUUAAAAAAACAGAAUAUGAUAACGACUUUUAUGAUACAAAUCGUUAUAUAUUAAAGAUUUAAUUUGAUUAAAUGAGAUCAGCAUAAUAAAUAUGA